AUGGAACAACAUAAUUCAUCAAUUAUUUUGUCUGAUGAUAUUGUUAAUGAAAUUCUAUCUUUCUUUGAUGAUUUUAAAUUUCUAAUCAUGAAUUGUUCAUUAAUUUCUAAACAGUGGUAUAAUAUUAUAUUAUCAACAUGUUAUCAUCUUUCGUGUAAAUGUAAUAACAAACUUGAAUUGAAUGGAGAAUUUUUACAAAAUAUUUCAUCAUUAGAAAUUGUUAAAGUUACAUUGUUUGGUGAUUUAAAAUUAAUUUGUCAAUUGAAACAAUUAAUAAGACUCAAUAUUUCUAAUAAUAACAUUGAUAGUGAAGACGCUAAAUAUCAGUGGUCAAUUAAAACAAUUAACUAG